AUGGCGAAAACAAAACCCAGUAACAAGAAAAUCAAGAAGCGCGACAAAUCAGCUCUCAAUCGCGUCGCAGCAAGCCCCUCCAAAAUGUCAUCACUACCAACAUCCCCCUCCAUCCUCCUCUCACAAGCAACCUCUGCGCUGCAACAAGGCGAUAUUGCGGGCGCCGUCACACCAGCGAAACGAGCUCUGGGUCUACUUGACAUUGACUCAGAAGAGGCUCUACCAGCGCUGAAUUUACUGGGCGAAAUACAUGUCGAAUUAGGAGAUAUUGAGUCUGCGCGCCAAUACUUCUUACAAGCAGCAGCUAUUGAUGAGGAUGGUGCACUUGGAGAAGAUGUUGGAGGUGGAGCGGAAAAGUUCUUAUGGUUGGCGCAACUAAGUGAGGAAGGGGGGCAGGAUAGUGUAGAUUGGUUUGAGAAGGGAGCGCUGAGCUUGAGGAUAUACAUUCAAGCGCUUCUUGAGCGGAAGAAGUUGGAUGCGGUGGCUGAAGCAAUGUUGGAGGAGAAGAGGAGGAAACUUUCCGUAGCGCUAUGCGGCGUUGUCGAGGUUUAUAUGACGGAUUUGUCGUGGGAGGAGGAUGCGGAGCAGAAGUGUGAGGCGCUUGUUACGGAGGCUACGAUGGUUGCGCCGGGUUUUGCGGAACCAUGGCAAACGCUGGCCAAUGUUAGGAUUUCGCAGUCGAGAAUUGAGGAUGCGAGGGCGGCGUUGAAGAGGAGUCUGGAUUUAUGGAAAGACUUACCUCCUGAAAAUACUGUUGUUCCUGACUUUCCAACACGGGUUAGCUUGGCCAGACUACUGAUGGAGGCCGAUAUGGACGUCGAAGCUAUUGAGGUUUUGGAGCGUUUAGUGGGUGAGGAUGACAGCAGUGUUGAAGUAUGGUAUCUGGGUGGAUGGGGUCUUUACAUUAUGGGAGAAAAGCAGAAGAACGGCGAAGCGAAGGUUGAAAAUGGUGAUGGCGACGGAGAAAAUUGGAAGGUAUCUUGGAUAUCGAGUAGACAAUGGCUUACUCACAGUCUUCGACUCUUUGAUCAGCAGGAUUACGAGGAUGAACGAUUGGGGGAGCAUGCCAAAGAGCUUUUGGCUAGCUUAAACGCUGAGCUGGGUGGAGAAACUGUCAAUGAGGAAGAAGAGGAAUGGGAGGACGAGGAUGAGGGCGAUGCGAGUGAUGAGGAAAUGGCUGAAGUAUAG